AUGGACACCGCUAAUAGUGAGAGUAUAUGCUACGACUCUAGUGCCCUCUCUAUGGACCUAUUUCGCCGUCUGACAAGCUACAUUCAAAGUCAACAACAUCAACAGCAACAACAGCAGCAAGAACAGCUCAACCCUUCCAUUCCGAUGGAUCAGUUAGCCUCGACAGCAUUAGCACUAAAGAAGAGGAUUGAUGACUUUGCAUCUUCGGUAGCAAGCGCAACAACAGCGUCAACCUCCACCAACACAAAUACCUCAACAGCGACAGAGAGUGGCGCAAAUACACCCGUGGACGAAAAUGAUUUUCCAACCGACACGCUACACAAACCGCCUUACUCUUACAUCGCGCUCAUCGCGAUGGCAAUCAAGAGUACGCCAGAGAAGAAGAUCACUCUGAAUGGGAUCUACAACUUUAUCAUGGAGCACUUUCCCUACUAUCGGUACCACCGCCAAGGCUGGCAAAACUCAAUUCGCCAUAAUCUCAGCCUGAAUGACUGCUUUGUGAAGUUGGGACGAGAUAAAUCGCACCCUGGGAAGGGUAACUAUUGGACGGUCACCACAGGAGCUGACGACAUGUUUGAGCAUGGAAAUUAUCGUCGACGAAAGCGACGCUCUCGUCUGCCAGCACAGAAGCUAGAGGAGUCAAAAAAACGAUGUCAUCCAGGUGGACGUCAGAUUGCUGAUUCUAUUACUCCUGCCACCUUGGCGACACCUACCCCAUAUCCCGUUUUCAUUCCCAUCUCUAUCCCCAUCCCUCCCCCUUUGGGUUUUCAACCUCCAAGUCUUCAACAGACGUCUCCACUACUUCAACAACAGCCUUCACAACUUCCUCUUUCCACAGAGUCGGUAUCGACGUCACGAACACCGAUUUCGACGUCCAGCCAGUCGUCUGAUCGGACGGGAAGCAAUUUUUCAAUAGCCUCGCUAAUUGGCUUAACGUAG